AAACGUCAGAGUAAUUUUAAUUUACGUUUUUCAAACAACAAAUAAGUGUGGAUUAGUAAGCAGAAGGAGCGAUUUUUAUCGUAGAAUGACUUUAAAUAUCCAAAAAAUUCCAGUUUUCGUGUUUCCUAACGCAUUGAAAUUUUAUCUAUCCACCAAAUCGUCGCACAAGCAGCUUUUAACGCUCUACAAUCCAUACGACUUUCCAGUGAGAUUCAAAGUAUUGUCUACAGCUCCGAAUAAAUAUGCAGUGAUUGAUCCGGAGGGAAAUAUAGGACCACGAAUGCUAGUCGAUAUCGUAAUUAGGCACACGAAUCCAUGUAGUAAUAAUUGCAAUGUCGUUGAUAAAUUCAGGAUAUCCAUGCAAGACCAUGUAACAAAGCAGUUACUGGGUAAACGGGAUAUCGAAGCGACGUUGAUGCCAGGCGAAAAAGACAACAUAUCGAACGAUGGCGAUUUCCAGAGCGUGCCCCAUCACUUUGACCGGUCUUCAAAUUCUUCGGAAGACCAAAGGGCUUACAUGACGAACAGAUCGGUGAUACAAUCGACCAAUUACAUGUUGGCUUUAGUCAUAGGUCUAGUGUGUGUGGUAACGUUGUUGUUGCCUACGCAGCAGGAGAUUCCGAAGCCUUCGAGUAUUCCAGCGACAUUUCAUAUUAGUGUGAAUUUUAAGUUGGUUUUGGCCUAUGUGCUGGGAUUGGUGACGAUGGUGAUUUUUAGACAGUGAUUUUUAUUAUGUUUUUUCUGUUGCGGUGUAAAUACGUGGGUUUUUUAUUAUUAUUUUUAUUGUUUUGAAUAAAAUGGUUUUAUAUAGGAAUUGUUGGAAUUUUAC